AGCGUAAAUCGGACCUGAAGUCAAGGGAUAGUUGCUGUCCAGAAUUUCGGGUAUGUCGAUGAACAUGAUUCCGACGAUUAACUCACUAACUUCAACGUUCCAACGCCGAACUUUCUCUACGAUACCUUCCGGAUGUUCCUUAAAUUUGUUAAAAAGUUUAUGAUACACAUUCUUCACAGCCAUCUCAACAGAAAGGAAGAUUCUCAACCUCUCUAACGACCCAAAAAAAUGGUAAAUCCAUUCCCCCUGCGAUCCAGUUUUCACAUCGAUCUUCAGAUGUCUGUUUCUUUCCAAUCAGACUGUACUGUACUUGUGUAAUGAAGCUAACUGAUUAAAUUUGAUGUUGGUCCAGAUCCACUUUGUGCUUCUAAUUAGCCGACAGGGAAAAGUUAGGCUGACAAAAUGGUAUUCCCCAUAUUCUCAGAAAGAGAGAGCUAAGGUGAUCCGUGAACUAAGCGGAUUGAUACUAACACGAGGGCCAAAGCUUUGCAAUUUUGUAGAAUGGAAAGGAUUCAGAGUGGUCUAUAAAAGACUACAAGAAUCCCCCACCCACUCCCCUCCCCCUAGGGGUUAUCAGAUUAACAAUUACAAGUGUUUUCUUCCGGACUGUUGUUUCACAGUCCAAGAUGAUAAUGAAUUGGAGACGUUGGAGAUCAUUCAUCAUUUUGUUGAGAUAUUAGACAGAUACUUUGGAAGUGUCUGUGAGCUGGAUCUCAUAUUUAACUUUCACAAGGCAUAUUAUGUGUUGGAUGAAGUUUUGAUUGCUGGUGAGCUCGAAGAAUCAAGCAAGAAAACUGUUGCGCGUCUGGUGGCCGCUCAGGAUUCUCUGGUGGAGGCUGCGAAAGAGCAAGCGAGCUCCAUAAGCAACAUCAUUGCCCAGGCUACGAAAUGAACGUCCCCUGCUCCUGCUGUAUGGUGAAGUCUCAAAAUGUUUUCAUGUUUAACACUCUGCGCGAGCGCGUGCGUGUUUGGUUUUGCUUUCCCUAAGAGCUUAACUCUGUUCGGUUGUUUGUGUUUACAGCAUUUAGAUGAUUGAUGCCACUUUAUGUAUAACAGAGUUUACAACAAUGAUGUUUACAAUGUAGCAAUGCGUGUGUUAAUAAUGCUAGAUAUUAAUA